GUUUUAGAGUACAGUAUGACUACUAAUAAUGCUCAUUGUGAUGCAUCUGGCUCAGUAAGAAAAGGCAGAGCCAACGUAAUUCUGGUCUUAAAAGUUUCUUUUGAUAAUGGUAACAAGAUAAAAAGCCCGUAUACUUCACUAGUCACAGAAGAUCUUAUUAGACGGAAUGCUGAACACAAUGACUGUGUAAUUUUUUCCCUGGAGGAACUUUCAUUGCAUCAGCAAGAAAUAGAAAGACUAGAACAUAUUGACAAAUGGUGCCGGGAUUUAAAAAUUCUCUAUCUUCAAAAUAACCUUAUUGGAAAAAUUGAAAAUGUAAGCAAACUCAAGAAACUUGAAUAUUUGAAUUUAGCUCUAAACAACAUUGAAAAAAUUGAAAAUCUGGAAGGCUGUGAAGUGCUGACAAAACUUGACUUGACCGUGAAUUUUAUUGGAGAGCUGAGCAGCAUUAAAACCCUGACAUACAACAUCCAUCUGAAGGAGCUCUUUCUCAUGGGUAACCCAUGCGCUGACUUCAGUGGCUAUCGGCAGUUCGUAGUGGCCACACUUCAGCAGCUAAAGUGGCUGGAUGGUAAAGAAAUAGAUCGUUCAGAAAGGAUUCAGGCACUGCAAAACUAUCCAGUAGUUGAAGAGCAAAUCAGAGAGCAGGAAAAAGCUUACCACCUCAAAAGAGCCAGAGAGAAAGAGGAGGCUCUGAGGAAGCUUGCAGAAGAGGGUGAAAAUGCAGACAAGCAGAGGAAGAGCAACCCCGGCUUCGAUGGGCGUCCCUCCGCAGACAUCCACGUGGCACUCUCACCUUCUUCAGAGAGCAAAGACCACAUCCAGGCGCCAAAAAUACAAGAAGAGGCACACAACACAAAGAAAUCAAAUGGAAGCGAAGAUGACCUAGAAUUCUGGAACAAGCCCUCUUUGUUUACUCCUGAAUCUAGAUUGGAAACCCUUAGACAUAUGGAAAAGCAGCGGAAAGAACAAGAAAAAUUAAGUGAAAAGAAGAAAGAAGUGAAGCCACCACGGACUUUGGUCACUGAAUCGGGCAAGGCCCUGAAUGUCAAUGAGCCCAAGCUUGACUUCCUUUUGAAAGAUGAUGAAAAACAUAACCAGAUCAUCCUGGACCUGGCUGUCUAUAGGUAUAUGGACACGUCUUUAAUUGAAGUGGAUGUACAGCCCAUGUAUGUACGAGUAAUGGUGAAAGGAAAGCCCUUUCAGCUCGUCCUUCCUGCAGAAGUUAAGCCCGACAGCAGCUCUGCUAAAAGAUCGCAGACAACAGGACAUUUGGUGAUCUACAUGCCCAAGGUAGAAGAAGUAAUCACAGGUAGUCAUCAAACAACCAAGUUUGUGAAGACCACCUCGGAUGGCCGCAGAAAAGACACACCAACCAGAAGAAAGCAAGUUGAGAAACUAGAAGUGGAUCCUACCAAGUAUUCAUUCCCCGAUGUGACAUCCAUAGUUCAAGAGAAGAAGCACACGUCCAGAAGACUGGGAUCUGAACCCCAAAUUGCACCAAAUGAGGAAGAUCCAGACUUCGAAGAUAAUCCUGAAGUUCCUCCACUGAUGUGAAACAUGAGGCUACAGUGUUUUUGGCUGUGACCUGCUGCUCAAUGCAGAGAGUAGGUGCAUGACAUUCACAGGACAAACAGAUUUAUCAUUGUUACCACUUUAAUGCUUUAAUUCCUAGUUUGUAUAGUAAUAUUCCUAAGUGAUUUUAAAAUUAAAAUGCAUAAUUUAAAUGUG